UUUACGACUCACAUUCAAAAUUUUAGCAUAAACGUCAAAGGAAAAUUCUAGCAAAUUCAGCGGUUUAUCAAGAAGAAAAAAUAAAGAUUUGUUGGGAAAACAUUAUUCUCUUGAUUUUAACAAAAGAAAUAUUUAAAUAAAUCAAAAAUAGCUUAAAAAUGGUUGACUAUAGCAAAUGGAAAAACAUUGAGAUUUCAGAUGAUGAGGAUGACACACAUCCCAACAUCGACACUCCAUCGUUAUUCCGUUGGCGUCAUCAGGCGCGAGUCGAACGCAUGGCCGAGAUGGAACGAGAAAAGGAGGAAUUCAAAAAGAAAAAGCAAUCGUAUCAGGCACGUCUGAUGGAUGUAAAGGAACGAAUACAAAAGAAGGAUGGUGACGAAGCCCAACUUAAGAAAGAGUUGGAAAAAAUUGAAAAGGAGGGAAAAGAUCUUGAUCGGCAAGAAGAGGAUCUCGUGAAGAAAGAAAGGAAAGCACCUUGGAACGUGGACACAAUAAGCAAACCAGGUUUCGAAAAAACCGUGCUGAAUAAAAAAGCAGCUAGAAAACCUGAUGAGAAUUUAUCGGAGGAGGAAAAAGAAGCACGAAUGAAGAAAUUUGUUAAAGAAAAUGAAAAGUUAUGCAAACAAUAUGGUAUGCUACGCAAGUACGAUGAUUCCAAACGCUUCCUGCAAGAACAUCUCGAUCUUGUCUGCGAAGAGACUGCAAAUUACUUAGUAAUUUGGUCCAUCAAUCUGGAAAUGGAAGAAAAACACGAACUAAUGGCGCAUGUGGCGCAUCAAUGCAUUUGCAUGCAGUAUAUAUUGGAGCUUGCUAAGCAAUUAGAUGUAGAUCCACGUGCCUGUGUCAGUUCUUUCUUCUCAAAAAUACAAAACUGUGUGCCAGAAUAUAAAGAACAAUUCGAAAGCGAAAUUAAAGGUUUCAAGGAACGUAUUACAAAGCGAGCACAGGAGAAAAUUAAGGAAGCGUUAGCUGAAGCAGAGGAAGAGGAAAAAGCAGCACGUUUGGGACCUGGCGGGCUGGAUCCUGCUGAAGUGUUCGAGACACUGCCAGAGAGCCUGCAAAAGUGUUUUGAAUCGCGAGACAUUGAAUUGCUGCAAAAAACUAUUGCCGAAAUGCCUGUUGAUGAAGCCAAAUUCCACAUGAAGCGGUGUGUAGACUCUGGUCUCUGGGUGCCAAAUGCAGGAGAUGUCGAUCUUGGUACCGAAGAGGAACAGAAAAAUACUGAAGCAGAAACAGAUACAAAGCAAUCAAAAAGCGCAAAAAGUGACUCAGACGUAGGAAAAGAAGACAAAAAGUCAGAAGAACCAAUCUAUACUGGCGUUACUACCGAUGAUUUGGAUUGAUUGUGCAUAAAUUAACACAUUUGUAAAAGGAAAAAAAUAUAAAUAUAUAGAGCACUUUUUAUAUAAAAGUGCAUGAGAGUUAGAUAAUUUAAAAGGGAAGUUGUAUAGGAUUAUUAACAUUUGCAAGAAAAAAUGAUAAGAAUGCAAAUGUUUAAGAAAAGUUGCUAAAAUCACACUCAAGCAAACGCAUGUAUAACAGGUACAAUGAUUUUAAGCGAUUUUCCAUAAUAAUUGUUGCUAUUGAAUUCUAAGCGAUUCGAUAAGCAUAAAUAGCUAAAGUGUGAAACAGUGUUAUGAUAUUAUUAAAUACAUACAUAUAUAUACAUAUAUACGUACAUACUUGUUAAAGCCAUUACCAAGGUAAAAGGAAAAUCGACUGUCUACUGCAAAAUUUCGUUUUCCAUACAAGGCUUAACUUCAUUUCGAGUAUUCAUCUACAUUAAUUAUUACUUUGUAAUUAUUUGUAAAAUAAAAACUUUGAAUAUAAAUCAAUUAUACAUCUUUGUACGUAAAUAGCUUUAAGUUUGUUUAAUAAUCGCUCUCAAUAAAAUUAAAGUCAUCCUUUGACAAGGUU